CGGCUUCUGUCGGCGCUUCUUUUUUUUCCCAUUCAAAGCAAAACGACGACUGAAAUGCGCACGCAUUUUACGGGUUUCUGAAUAUCUAGUUUAUGUGAAAAAGUUAUAGACAUACGGAGCUCAAUAUGCCGCCCAAACUAGAGCCUAUUAGUGUGCGAACGGCGCGCCUGAACAACUUGAUUUUGGGAAAAGGUGUUGGCGUCUGUGCAAAGCCCGCUGGAAAUGCCUCCGGAUCGGGGGGAUCCGCAUCCACAUCUGUCAGGAGGAGCGUGAUACCCGUGAGCACCACCAGCGCAGCGGUUGCAGAGGCCAUAUGCCGCGAAGGACUCCUGGACGCCUUCUGCCUGUUGUACAACGAGUGCGACAAGGACACGCUGAAGAAGCGCGAUCGCAACAUCGCAGAGUUUGUCAACAAAUUUCGUCCCAUUGUGGAGGAGACCCGCAAACUCCGUGUGAAUGCCGAUGACUUUCUCAUCAAAACCCUUAUUGGACAAGGAUACUUUGGUAAUGUGCAUCUGGUGGUCGAGCGGCAAACUAAUGAUAUAUACGCCAUGAAAAAGAUUAAAAAGUCGGUGGUGACCACCUCGCAAGUGAAGGAGGAGCGAGAUAUCAUGUCCACCCGCCAUUCCGAGUGGCUGAUCAAUCUGCAGUACGCUUUUCAGGACAACGACAACCUGUAUCUCAUUAUGGAGUACAUGCCUGGCGGGGAUCUGCUCAGCUUGAUGUCUCGCCACGGCCCAUUUGAUGAAGAUCUGGCUCGAUUCUACCUGGCCGAGCUCACAGUAGCCCUUCACACGUUGCACGAGAUGGGAUACGUGCAUCGGGAUAUCAAGCCGGAGAACAUAUUAAUUGAUCGUUUCGGACAUAUCAAACUGGCUGAUUUCGGUAAUGCCGCUGCCCUGAAUAGGGACGGUCACGUGUUGAGCCUGUCGCCCGUGGGAACGCCAGAUUAUAUAGCUCCAGAGCUAUUGCAGACCAUAUCCACCUACAAGCUGUCUAAGUCGAUGCACGAUGUGAGUAGAACUGUGAGCUGCGAUUACUGGUCCAUGGGCAUCAUUGGCUACGAGCUAAUAUGCGAGACGACACCAUUCCAUGAGGACAAUGUUCAUGAAACCUAUUCUAAGAUUCUCUCCCACUGCGAGGAGAGUCACUUGAAAGAGCUAAUCAGCUUUCCCAGCGACCUAAAGGUGUCAAUUAACUACAGGAAUCUGAUCGAGUCACUGGUCACAAAUCCUUCGAAGCGGUUAUCCUAUGAGCGCAUUAAAAAACACCCAUUCUUUGACGAGGUUCCGUGGAAUGCCAUUCGGUCCCAGGUUCCUCCCAUCAUACCCACUAUUAAGUCCGAUGACGACACCUCCAAUUUCGAAGAUGGAACUCGACAUAAAACACGCAGAGAACAGGGGUUGACUAAAAAGUCGCUUACGACAAACAUGAAAUCCAAUGAUUUUUGUGGCAAGGAUCUGCCAUUUAUUGGUUACAGUUUUGUGCACAUGGAAAAGACAGCAAUAUCCGCUGCUACCGAUGAAAAAUUGCAGGAGAAACUUAAAGAUCUGCUGCUAAAACUAAAAACCAGAGAGAAUGAGAUUUCCAUGCUCAAACAAGAUCUUUUGCGGGCACAACAAUCGCUUAAAAAGACCGAUAAUAAAUCACAGGUCGUAUCCGAUGCCAAAGUGGAAAUCAAGAAGCUGCAGCAAAUUAUAAAGGAGAAAACAAUGGAGCUUAGCAACUGCAAGACGCAGAUCAAAACACUGCAGAGUUCGGCCAAAAUAGAUGAGGAAAUGUGGUCCAAGAAGGAAUCUACUAUAACCGAUCUACUUCGCUUGAAUCGACAAAAGUAUGAGGAAGCCAAAAUUGCAUCGGAACAGCGAUAUGAGAAACAAUUGGCCGACAAAAAACAAGAGCUAGCGUCAACGCUGCAAAAGUUGGAUGCUAGAGAGCUUGAAUUUAAUGCAAAGUUGGAGGAGUGCAAGCAUAUUUCCAUGAAAUUGCAGAACUACAAGGACAUGCUGCAGCAACUCAAAGAGCUGAAUCUUAAAUCCGAGACCAAUCAUGAGGAGCAAAAGCGACAAAUGGCUGAAUCGUAUGAGCAAAAGCUAACAGAUCUUCGAAAAAAAGUGCGAGACUCACAAGACACACAUCGUCGGAUGACAAUGGAGAUGCAAGAAAUACGCACCGAACUGGACGAAUCUAUAUGCUCCAGCAAGUCAACACAGGAAGCGAAGAACGCCACGGAGCGAAAUAUCGAGGACAUAUUGAGGCGACUUAACCAGGAGAUUGCCUCCAACAACGAGCUCCAUGCGGAAAAGGUCAAACUGGAGACGAAGCUGCAGCUGAAGGAAAAUGAAACCCAAGAAGUGAAAGCAGAAUGCCAUCGUCUUGAAAGGGAACUACAGCUUGCCGAAUGUCGCUGUCAGCUGGCUGAAUCUUCGCUAGCUUCGCAUACAUCUCCAUACGAAACUGCGCCUGGAUCUUUGACCGAACUGAACGCCAUCGAGGACCAACUGCGUGCCGAUUUAAUAGCCGCCAAAGAGGGCGAAACCCAUCAGAAGGGACGCGCCGAUCAACUUCAAACGCUGGUCACCAAACUAGAGCAAAUGCUCGAGCGAUUUAACGAGCAGAGUCUUUCACCCACAAAGUCGCACUCUUCUCGAAAGCAGGAAACCGAAACCGUGGGUGACAUGCUCGAGCGGCAAAACGAGAAAUUGGAGGAUAAAUUGGCUGCAGUUCGGGAACAGAUGAUUGUGGAGCGUCAGGCGGCGCGUACAGCAAAUCUUUCUCUCUGGAAAGUGGAGAAACAGCUCGAAGAAGCUUUGUCCGAGAAAAAGUUAUUAACACGACGCAUGGAACUAACCGAGGAUCGCAUUAAAAAGGCACAAAACGCCAACGAGGAAUCUCAGAGAAUGCUGAAGUCGUCACAAGAGGAAACACGCCAGCGGGAAUCUCGGAUCGAGGAGCUGAAACAAGAGCUGGCAGCCGCCAAACGGGAUGUCCUCAAGGAGCAUCGCCAAUGGGAAAAGGCCGAGCAGGAGCGCAUGAAGUGCAAGUCGGAGAUAAUCGAACACCUGGCUAAUGUCCACAAACUUGAGCAGCAGGAGAGUGAGUUGCGACAGAAACUAAAGCAAAUCCAAACCCGAUUCGAUGGCUUGACUUUGGAGCACAAGAAUACCAUGCGGGAGUUGCAGGAGGAGCGCGAUCGGAGCAGUAAAGCCAAUGAUUCCAGCCUGGCUUUGCAAAAGGAACUCAAACAACUCACGGAGAAUUUCCAGAGGUUGAAGUACGCUUGCAGCAUUACGGACAACCAAUUAACCGAGGUCGAAUCCAUGCUCAAAUCCGAACAGGAUCGCAAUAAAUCCCAAAAAUCUCAACUGGACAUGCUUCAUGGAAAAUUGAGGGAGAGAAACGAUCAGUUGACUGAGCUGCGGAAGGAACUAUCUGCCAUUGAAUCCGAAAAGCGUCUUGCCGAGAAGCGCGCCCAGGUUCUGGCAUCGGAAGUCGAGGAACUUCGACUGAACCUCAAGGAGCAGCAGAAGAAGCUGGUGGCGCAGCAGGAUCAGCUGGUGGAGCAGACAAACGUGCUGUUUGCCACCCAAGAGCGCGCGGAUCUUCUCGAAGGUCAGAAUGCCAAUUACGAAGCGCAAACUGUGGAUUCGGAUCGAGAGAUGCAUAGCCUAAAAGAGGAAAAUGCACGUAUUCUAAGCGAGCUUUUCCACAAGAAGGAGGAGGUGGCCAAUCUCCAGGCAGACAUAAGGGACUUGGAGUCGGCCCAAGCAGAUUUGCACGCGGAAAUCGAUUCUCUUCAGGAUACUUUGGCCGAGAAAGAGCAGUUCUAUGUGCAGCGCGAUAUCAAAUCAAAUGCAACUCUUGCCCAGCACAAGAAGCUGAUUGACUAUCUUCAGCUUAAAGUGGAAGACCUGUCCUCCAAGAAGAAGAAAACCCUGGCGGACAAGCUCUUCGGUUCCAGCCACACCAACAAGGAGAACAUAUCACCUAACGAUGUGGAGUCUUCUAUUCUGUAUCGUGCUCUAAAGGAGGAACUAAAGCGAGAACAAAAGUUGUGCAGCAUGCUGAAGGAGCAGGUGGCACAGUUGAACGGAACUGCAACUUUGCGCUCUCCUCGCAAGUCGGCGGCAGUUAAUGGCGACUCCGACACACCUAAACCAAGACCAGUAAGCAUUGCCGCCCUGCCACGUUCUCCACAGAAGCAGCAGUUGCCAUUGAAGCGCACAACUAGCCAAGUGGAACUGAAGACCACGGAGAAGUUGACCAAACCAGCCAGUGCAGAGCAGGCCCAUCACCGUUUUGAGCUGGCUCUGCAGGAGUCCAAGGUAGAUGCAGCCGACUGUGUAGUCUGUGGCCAGGUCAUCGUUGCCGGCUCGCCCUUCUGGAAGUGCCGGGAGUGCAAGGAUGUGACGCAUCGCAAGUGCCGGGCCAAUGUUCAGGGAGAUUGCGGAACCAAACCUACAGCACCGCCAGCAGAUGACCUAAGCAGUAUUCCAUCUGUCUCGAGCUUAGAUGUUGCAGGUUCAACAACCAGUAGCGAGUACAUUGGAUCGCUGGUCUACAGUUCCGAUUGCCCGGGGGAUCAGGCUGCUAAAAAGGAGAUCGAAGUGAACUGUGCCUUCGAGGUGGCCGAGCAGCAAAUACUCCUCCUGGGCUGUAACACCGGAUUGUAUGCGUACCACCUGGACUCCCAGCGCCUGGUGCACAUUUCUGGACUCGAGUCCGUGAGUUGUAUGUCCAUCUGCAAGCGUCUGGCUAAGGCAAUUAUGGUGGGCACGGUGGGCGAGAAGCUAUACCAGUGCGACUACCGGCAGUUGGAGUCGCGUUGCCAGAGUUCCAAUGCCUGUCAUAAGCCUGUGUUGGAGACCUCCGCCAUCGAGCUACCCUUUGCCAAUCGCACGCCUUCGGAGAAAUGGAAACUGGUGCUGAUCUCUGAUGAGGCAGAGAACGCUUUGGAUUCGGUGGCCAUUGCGGCUACGUCCACCCGGAUUGUCAUCUUGAAAUACGACCUCAAGUUGCAUAUGUUUAAGCCAGUUAGAGCUCUGGACACCACCACUCCAGUCACCUCUAUAUUCUUCACACGUCACUCAGCUAUUGUUACUUCGGAUAAGUUUUACGAGAUCGAUUUGGACAAUUAUGCAGCUGAGGAGUUUGUGGACCUUUCGGACAAGUCGAUGGAGAGCACUGCCAAGUGUCAGCCACUUACUGUUGUGCGCAUUUCUCGACAGGAAUACCUCCUCUGCUUUGCGGAGUGUGGAGUCUUUGUCGAUGAGUUUGGCUGCCGAUCCAGGCCCUGCGAUUUGAACUGGGUCUAUGCACCCACUGGCUUUGUUUACCGCGAACCCUUCUUAUUUAUUGCCCACUACCAAAGCGUGCAAAUAGUCCGUUUGCAUCGGUCCUUCAGCAAGGAACUGGCUAACGGGGACAAUGGCUCGGAGACCUCUGAAUCGCCGGAGCUGCAGCGCGUCUACUUGCCCCACUACAUGUCCACCCUGCUAGCGAACAGUGGAGAUGUCAACCUGUAUGCCGUGGCCAUUGAUCAGAGGCCUUGCAAUGGAACACAGAAGAUAUAUCACUUGGACACGAUGCAGGCGUUCAAGCAGAAGUUCAACGUCUCUAUGGAGACCAUUUCUUCGGUGGCCACUUCCGUGACUUUGGGCUCAGCGAUGACAGGUGAUAGUUUGUAGAUUAUUUCGCGAUUUCAACAAAACAUACUAUUUAAGCAACAAGAACAAAACUUUGUACUACAAUCUCAGUAGUAAAUAAGUGUAAGGUUAAGUUGCCUUAGAUUUUAAUUCAUGAAAAGGUUUUAGUUUCUGAUCAUCUUACUUUUUUAUUAAAAUUUGUAAGCAGAAUGGCAUUAUUGUAAUUUAAAUUACUCCCUAAAUACUUUUUGUGCGUAUACACAAAUAAAAUAUUCUUUGCCUCUAUUAAAACACUUUAAAAUGGGACUUCUCUUUAACAAAUAUGCCAAUAAUUUACUACUUAUAUUUAUUUUUAAUACUUACACUUAUAAUAUAACCUAGCAUUUGGA